AUGACUCGCUCAGCUCUGCCACCAGCGAAAACCAAUCCAAUCGAAACCUACUUUCCCAAAGCAGAGGCUCUGCCAAGCACUAUAAAGACUCCCACUGGAAUACCUGCUUCUAUUCGCUCAAAAGAAGCUCCAUUAUGGGAACAUUUGAAUGAUCCAAUUGACGAGGCGGAUCUACGACGAAUCUAUCGUCUAGAUGACAAUGAUUUAAACACGUAUUGUCCAAACCAGUUUCAGGAAAAGAUUCACCUGAUGCAACAAGUCGCUGCUGAGAAUGCUCAAUCAUCUGGUGGUGAUAUUAUCUCUACCCUGGAAACUUCUUCAAAAGCUAAAGGGGCUGCCAACAAGAAAGGAAAAGGGCCUGCUGCUGGUGCUGCUGUCGGGUCAAAAUGUACCUUCCACAAAUGUAAAGAUAACCCAAACUGCUGUAAUCAUCUUGGUCAGGAUCUUUGGUUGCAACCAAGUGCCUUUGACAAGUUUUGUGAAGCUCAUGAACUGAUGGAAGGAACGCUUCUUAAUCAACGACGUAAUCCAGCUCUUCCUGUUGGUCUCACCAAUCUUGGUGCAACUUGCUAUCUCAACACCUUAUUACAGAUAUGGUUUCACAACCCCUUUUUCCGACAAGGUGUAUACAUGUUCAAGAAGGGACUAUCUGGAAGUGCUGAAAAAGACGCAAUCUGCCAGCAACUGCAGUUUGCCUUUGCGUCCAUGCAAUUAGGAAAACGCAAAGUCUUGACUCCCAGGCUAUUCGUUGAGAGUAUGCGGCUGAAUCGUGGCGAACAACAAGACGCUCAAGAAUUUUCAAAACUGCUGCUUGGCUCAAUGGAAGAGAGUUUUUCGUCUCAACCAGAGAUCUCGAGUCUCAUUCGUGACCAGUUUGAAGGUACUUAUGAGUACGUCACAAAGUGCUCAUCGUGUGGUACUUCAUCAUGUGUGCCAUCACCAUUUCAUGAGCUUGAGAUACCGUUAGUGGACAAUGCCAAUGUGACGACCUGUUUGGGAGGUCUUCUUAAUGGUGAAGACAUGGUUGGAAAUAAUCAAUACUUCUGUAAAGUUUGUAAUGGAAAGCGAGACGCAACUCGCUCUCUCGUUUUGAGGAAGCUACCUAAGGUGCUGAACAUGCAUUUGAUCCGAUUCGUAUAUGACGUUGCGAAAGGCGAAAAACUUAAAGUCAAGACUCGAGUCGAGUUUAGUGAUACAAUUGACCUACAGGAAUUCGUCUCUCCUCCCUCAAACAGUAUCCAACGUGACAAUACUGUCUACGAUCUACGGGCUAUACUGCUACAUCGUGGCGCUAGUGCCAAUCAAGGCCAUUACACGGCCAAGAUAUUUGACGGAGAGCGUAAGAAAUGGUUUGACUUUGAUGACGAAGUAGUCAAGGCCGCUGACGUCACUACGGGAAGUGUCAUUGAGCUGGAUGAUACUGGGAGCAAGAAGACAAAGGGAAAGUCUACUUCUCCGGAAGGAGUUACAUUCAAAUCAAAGAAUGUGUAUACAUUGACAUACGUACGUCGUGCUGGUCCACGAGAUGUGAAACCAGAGUACGUGAAUCCACAACCACCUGCAUCAAUACUUCAAGACCUCGAAGCUGAUGAAGUAGCAUUCGAAUCGACCAUGCGAGAAUAUGAAGCCAAGAAGGGAGAUUUGAAAUCAGAGUUUGAAGUCAAGAAGGCUAUGGUCGAAGACGUGUGCGCCACGUGGCAUGUACAGCCUCAUAUGGAACCAACAUACUUUGUCGAAGUCGAAGCACUCAAAGAGUGGCUAAGAUCAGACUUGAAUGCUGAUGAUGACGAUGACAGCAACAAGGAUGGCGUUGGUGGCAGCACCAGUGAAAAGACACCUGAAGUCAUCACUGUAGAUGAUGAUAAUACUGCUACCAAAGAAAACGAUGCAGACGCCAUGAAUGUUGAUUCUGAACUUAACGUGAUGAGAUCAUCUGAACCUACCAAUGUCCAGUUACGCAGGUUUGAUAAUACAGAUGUUAUUUGUACACAUGGCAAACUCCACCCUCUAUGUACCUCCAAGGUGAAGAGGAUUAGUGCCGAGGCAUUCCGCAAACUGUCUCAAGAUUACGGACAUCAGUUUGUACCUGCCUUGUCAUCGUUUGAGUUAUGUUGGGAUUGUGUCAAAGAUAUUGCUGGAUCGAGAAAUGGAGUUGCCAAACAUGAAGACGAUGUUGCAUACAUCAAAGACGUUAUAGAUGCUCGUGAUGGAGACAGGUUUUGGAUGUCCAAGCGUUGGUAUUUUGAUUGGAAGAAGAAAUUUCCAAAAUCCAACCCCGAUGGCACUCAUCUCGCACCUGAUGCUCCCGAAUACAUUGGAGCCUUUGUUUGUAAACAUGGAGGACUAGCAGUAGAGGAAAAAGGACGUCGUCUUGUUUCGAGAGAGGCAAUUAAUUAUUUGCAACAGCUCUUCCCUGAUUUCCAAACAAAGGAAGAAGCCGAUAUUGAAUGUGAAUACUGCAUGAAUGAGCUACAUGCACUUGAAGUGACUACUCGUGAUAAACGUGAUACAGCUGAGAAGCAGAAAACUCAAUUGAAAAAGCUAGCUGAUCCCAAUCGUAAAGCUAUUCCAGAUCUCGGAAAGGAUAUUGGUGUUCAUCUUGUCGAAGGUGAUUUUGUCAAAACUUGGCGUCAUUUUGUGGAAGAUCCUCGUAGGAUAUCUCAACCUGGGCCCAUCGUCAACGACUCUCUACUUUGUCGCCCUCAUGGUCGAUUGAUGUAUGAUGUCAACAAUGCAGAAGAUGCACGUAGUGAAGCAUGGGUUAUGGUCACUCCAUCCGAAUGGAAAAAGCUUCACGCCUGGUAUGGUGGUGGACCAGAUAUCUUCUUGUUUGAGCAACAAGGUCAGUUUCUAUCUCCCACACUUGGAGUUUGUGAGGAGUGUUGGAAUCAACGUCGACGAGAUUUCGAGGAGGCACAAAUAUACAUACAGAAAAUAGACGACAAACCCGUCAGAAACCCGUCAACAGAUACUCCAGUCAUCAUAAUAGAAGAUGAUCUCAAGGAUGAUAAUGGUGGUGGAGCAUCAGCAGAUGAAGCUGCCAGUCCACCACGGGCAUCGACACGUAGAGGUGGAAAACGAGAUGAAGAAUUCGUCCCAGCGAGAGGAGAGAUCUCAUACAAGACGUCAAGUCGAACUAUACCAGGCUCAUCCUCGUCAUCAAACAAUCGUAAACGUAAAUCACCACCUGCAUCGGCAUCAUACGGAAAUUGUUCUACUCGAGCUAGCAAACGAUUGACAAAGAAGAAUACAACUGCAGUUAGGAUCAAGAAGAGUACGAGUGUGCGAGAUCUUAAAGUUAUGCUGAUGCGGGAGUUCGAUAUUGUGCCUAUAUAUCAACGACUCUUCUUCAACGGGACAGAGUUGACAAGGAAUGAAGCGACUAUGGGUGAACUGGAUAUAUUACCUGGAUCUACUCUUGACCUGAGAGUAUUUGAAGAGAAUGGCAUGGCAGAUGAGCUUGAUACAGAUGGUAGUCGCAAGCUUGAACGAGGGUUUGAAGGGAGUUUAUUGACUGGCGGUGUUGCUAGUACUAGUGUAAAUAGCGCAGGUGUAACUAAUGGUGGUGGUGGUGGUAGUGAGGAUGUUCUUAUGGGCGUUGCUUCUCCGGAACCAACAGCUAAGCAAUUAUCAGGCCAAAGUGAUGAAAUACUGGUGGGUGCUGAUGGUCCCAUCGUUGUAUUCAAGAGGAGCACUGUAGGCAAUGCUGGUGGUAGUAUUAGUAGCAACAACUACAAGAGCACUUCUCGUAAUGCAGGUAACAGCAAACCAUCGUCAGGAUGGAUUUGCAAAACGUGUACCUUUCAGAACCAUCAUGACCUUCCGAUAUGUGAGAUGUGUGAAAACCAGCAACAGCUGUAG